CUGACUUACACUCUAGACCUACCUGAACAUACUAACGUCUACCCCACCUUCCAUGUUUCAGAGCUGAAACGGCAGGUGCCGAACAAUGCGGAACUCUUUCCUUCACGGGAACUUCGACAUCCAGGACCGGUGGUAACAACGACUGGAACGGAGGAGUGG